CACUUUCUCUCACGACAGCCAACGGGGAAGGAACCGUCGAGAGGAAAGUCAGUCCCCACUCGACAAUUAUGCAGCAACAAUUGCACUAACAAGGGCACAAUUAUAAUAUUAAGGGCUGCGGUUUAUAUAUAUUUAUAUAUAUAAUAUAUAUAUAUACUAAACCUCAGCUCUUUUAUGUGUUUUGCCCACACCUUGGUUGCAAAAAAGGCCAACUGGAUGAGGUUUUCGAGCAGGUAGUCAUUUCUUUAAAAGAUACAUAGGCGUACAUAAUGAAGUUCAACUUGGGUAUUGGUGAUGCUCAGGUGUUGCAGAUGCUCUCCGAAUCCAUCAACAAGGAGAGGCAACAAUGGAAAGCAAAAUUCUUCCGACGACAUGGUGAUACGAGUGUUACAGGCUCUCAGAGAGACUGGGCUGCUUCAUGGUUGGUUAGUGUUAACAGAAACUUCCACUUCACUCCGGAAACUGUCUCUUUGACACUGAACAUAUUGGAUCGAUUCCUUAAUUCUGUUAAGGUACCACCAAAAUAUCUUCACUGUGUUGCAGUAUCCUGCUUCUUUCUGGCAGCAAAAACCAUUGAAGAAGAUGAGGUUAUUCCUAGUACCCGAGAGUUGGCUGCUGAAAGUCAAUGUGGUUGUAGUGUAUCUGAAAUUUUGCGAAUGGAGAGAGAGAUUCUCGGUAAACUGGACUGGAAUUUGAGGAAUGUUAGCCACAUUGAUUUUCUUCACACUAUUCAUGCAUUGUUGCUUUCUAUGUACCCACAGUAUCUAUAUCUUGGAAAUAUGACACCGUCUCACCAGCUGGCAUCCUUGACUUCCAAGGUUUUUCGAUGCUUAUGUAAUCAUAGGUUUAUGGUCUUCCGCCCAUCAGUUUUGGUUCUUGCAGUGUUCAGCCUUGAACUCGAGUCUCAUAUCUUUCACUCCUGGCUCCAGUUGACAAUGAUGCUGCAAAAAAUUACAGAGGUUCCAACUGAUCAACUCAUUAACUGCCGAGAGGAAUGCAGUCGCUAUCUUAGCAGCAAAUUCCAUCUUCCAAAGCCUCCUGUAAUUUACGGACACAAGAAACGAGUUUGUGUGAAACGCCGGCUCGAGCAAAUCGAAGUUGAUGAGAUUUAUGACUGCAUUAAGCACCUGUAUAAUGAAGAGUAUUUCUCUCCACCAACCAAUACAGAAAAGGUUUUACCACUUAGUUGUAGCCAAAAUAUACUUCAAAAACGAGACGAAGAGUGUGUGAAGCUGCAACCAGUUACUGCAAAUUAAGCUCAGAAUUUUAUUUGGUAUUGUUUUUUAUUUUGUCAAAGGAAAUCUGAGUAUACUGUCUUUUAUUCUGGGACAAAGAUUUAUAAUUACAAUUUUUUUCCAGUUAUUCUUUUUAUUAAACAGAUAGUUCUUUAACUUUAAAGAUAAAAACAAAAAAGUUACAAAGUAUCCUCCCAAAAAAAGAUUAAACUUUUAAAAAAGGCAGCUUAAAAAAUACAAAAAUAUUUAAAACUCCCAAAAAUAUUACAACUAAUAGACUUUCUCUAAAUUGUUGUUUUAACUAAAUUUUCAAAUGUCUGUAAAAAUGUCCAAGAGCUUUUUUUUUCUGUUAAUUGAGGGAUUUCAGUAUUUCAAAAAAACAAAAAAACAAAUACUUCACAGAAAAAAAAAACUUUUUUGAUACAUUUAUUUGUUUCUUGAAAAGUAGACACCUCAACUCUCCUAAAGAAAAUCAACUAGUUUACUAUUUUGUAAACCAUUUAAAUUCUGCAUAUUUAAAUCUGUUCAAAACAGUUUAAAUUUGUCCAAAUGAAUAAUUCUAGUAAAAUUGUCAUUGAACAAUCUUACAGAUCAAUAAUAGUUUAAUAACAGCAUUACCGAUAAGAUUAGUUUCCAUUGCAAUUCAUGGAGUGACAUACAGCAACCUCUGCUGCCCUUUUUUUUUUCUUCCAUUUUUUUUUUGCGCUCUAAGUUUUAUGAAAUGCAAUUUCGAUUGUCUCUGUUACUUGGCAACACAGCAGCAGAUAUGAAUGAACAAACUACUAAGUCUAAAAAAAAAAAUCUGGUGGGCUAAACAGUUUGAGCAUUUGCUAAAUACAUGUGCACACAAAAUGCCAACUGUUAUGUUUUUCUCUCACUUCUCCUGAUAGUAACUUGUAGCAGGAAAAAACCAAUCUCUCUCAAGUGUUGUGGAUAAACUAUGACAAUCUAUUGAUAGGGUGUGAGCUGUCCUUAAUCACCCAGGACACUUGUAACAACCAAAGUUCUAUUGUGCUUUGUCAAUGAAAGACUGUUCAGGCUUUUACGAAGGCCUGACAUGUCCCUUAAUCAUAAUUAAAUGACGUAACGUAGUAUCAACCCAUAGGAAGAAAACAAUCCUAUGCACUCGUCACUAAAGCAAGCCUAUUUAAUUAUGAUUUGCCUCAGUUCAAUUUAACUUGAUACACAGAAACUUCUGGAGUGCUUUACUCUCUGAAGAUCUAACAAAAUUAAAAAAUAAAACCCUUUUUACAUUCCUAUAUAUUUAUAUAUAUAUAUUAUCUAUAUUUAUAGAAAAAAAGCAAACACAUUUGUUUGGCGGUCUUACUUUUCCCCCCCACAGGAAUGGUUGAGUCUAGCUAAAUAUUACUUUAGUCCAUAGUGGACUGUCCACAUGUAUAUAAUAAUGUAUAAAAUUUUAAAAACCAAAUUACACUUUGUAUAAAGAUCUGUAUGAGCAGGGGGGGGGGUGGAAACCUUUUUUUAAAACACACUCGCAAAGUCUACCGAUGAACAAUUAAAAAAAGUGACAUUGAGUGAGUGAAUGAAACCAAAAACUAAAAUUACUCACUGCACCUCACCACAGAAUACAUGGCCACCACCAUCUCACAUUUCUCUAUGAGAUUCAAAAUCUGGUGUUGUUGAUUUUUUUUUUUUUUUUUUUUUUUUUUUUUACUUAAGUAUGACCAUGGCAGCAUGAAAGACUAUAAAAAUACAUGUAUUUAUGAAUAAAAGGGCUGUUUCUGUCUGCUUUUUUUUUUAUCCCCCA